CACACGCCCACCGGCUGCGGCAACGCUCGCUGCGGACGUCCUCCCUGUGGUCCCGGGAGAGUCAGCGGCUGCCCUUACUCGUGUUCUCCGAGCCGAACAAAACAGCCUUCCAACAAACCUAAAAGCUCCACCUCUACUCCCCCAUGAACUCUUCUCCUAAUUGGCAGCUCGGCGCUUGGGGUGAUGCGGGCGGCUGCGGGCCAGCCCUGCAGUGCCAAGCCGCAGCAUCCCGGUCCGGCUAGAGAGGGAGAGGGCUGAUCAGGCUGCACCCCACGAUCGUAAUCCGCCGCGCGCCCCGGUGCUGUGCGAAACCGGCGAGGACGCCGCCCCUCCUGCGGCUGGAGCGCUUCCAGAGCAGAGGCGCAUCGCGGUGCCGCUCUCCCUGGCGUCCUCCCUCCAGCUCCGGCUCCUGCAGCCGGCUCCAAAAGGCAGGCGGGCGCGCCUCCCCCUCUUUGUCCUCCCCCUCGUCUCGCUCUCUCGCGGCUAACUUUCCGGAGCCCGACCCGCGGCGCGGAGCUCUCCCGGCAGCUGCGGGGCCCAGGGCUGAUCUCGGGCGAAGAGCUCGGCUGUGCCCACUAUCCCAUCCCAAGCCCUCGGAGCGCUCCGGAGAGAAUAGGACUAUGUCCCGGUCUGGGGACCGAGACAGUAUCUCUGCGAGAUGGCUGGGCACUGGACUUUUGGGUCUCUUCCUGCUCCCCAUGUCGCUGUCGUUGGAGGUGUCUGUGGGAAAGGCCACCACCAUCUACGCUAUCAACGGCUCAGCGAUCCUGCUGCCCUGCACCUUCUCCAGCUGUUUCGGCUUUGAGAACCUCUACUUUAGGUGGUCCUACAAUAACAGCGAAACAUACAGGAUUCUCAUCGACGGGAUCGUGAAGAAUGAAAAAUCUGACCCUAAGGUGAGGGUGAAAGACGAUGACCGCAUCACCCUGGAGGGCUCCACUAAGGAGAAGACGAACAACAUCUCCAUCCUGUUGAGUGACCUGGACUUCAGUGACUCAGGCAGAUACACCUGCUUCGUGAGGAACCCCAAGGAGAGGGAGUUGAACAACUCUGCCACCAUCACCCUCCAAGUGGUUGAUAAAUUGGAAGAAGUGGACAACACGGUGACACUCAUCAUCCUGGCUGUGGUGGGCGGGGUCAUUGGACUUCUCAUCUGCAUCCUAAUGCUGAAGAAGCUCAUCACCUUCAUCCUGAAGAAGACCCGUGAGAAGAAAAAGGAAUGUCUCGUGAGUUCCUCUGGGAAUGACAACACAGAGAAUGGGCUACCUGGCUCCAAGGCAGAAGAGAAGCCACCCACAAAAGUGUGAGGCCCUGCUUGGGGCCAAGCAGUGCAGGGAGCCCCACUUUCUGAUGGUGAUAUUGAUGGCAAGUUCUGUCUGUAGAACCCACCUACUGAGAUGUGUGUUGCUUGGCCCAAACUCUAGUCUUUAGGAGCAGGAUGGACCUGGUCCUUCCCCAGCCUGUGCUUCCUAGGGGCAAGGGUUGGCUGUGGGAGGAAGCCUAUGGGAGGCUGAAGAAAGAGAAAGGAGGGGCUGGAGUGACCUUCUCACCGCAGCAAAACCUCACUUUCCCCUCACUUUGCCUUCUGAUCUUUCACUGGGAAAUUGGGGUGAUCAGUGAGGGCUGCUCCCAAAGCUGGGGUUUGGAGAUGGGUGUAAGGUGAGCACUUAUGCUGGGAACAUGCCAGAACUCUGGGAUGGAGUCUGCUGAGUGUGGGGCCAGUUGUGAGGGAGAAGCUGGGCUUUGAAGAAUAUCAGGCUUCCUGAAGUCCCUUCAGAAGGCACUUCUCCUUCCCCCGACCCUGAAAUACCCGCACAGUGUCCCGGCUCCCUGUCCAGCCUUCUGCUCUGAAUCUGUAGACCUUCCAGCUAGACCUGGCUACCCUGGUCUUCAAGUGUCCCAGCCUACCUAGCUUAUCUUUGCUCUCUGGGCUGCAGCUGCCGAAGAGGCUUGUGGGGAGGGGCGACCUCCAUCCUUCCUAGAGCACUGGGGUGCUAGACGCAUCUUUUUUUUUUGGCUUUGCUCUUUGGAUUUCAGAGGUGGGAGAGCAGUGUCCUCGACCUCCCAGCCUUUGAAAUGUCUACUCCAUCCCUACAAGACUGACAGCCCUUAUUCCUGGCGUGGCAGGACCAUGCCUCUCUGGUACUUCUGGAGCUCAGUUUCCCACAUUUCUCCCUUCUCUCGAAACAGCUGGCAUCGCCAUCGUCCUUGAGGGAUGGUUUCCUACGACCUCUCAUCCUACACCUUUGCUCCUUCUAUGUCCCUCCAGCAUGCCUGGCCUUCCCCUGUCCCCCAGGUCUGUGCACCCCCAGCCCUGGGUCUGCCAUUGCCUCAGGGACCUCUGUUUCCAGAUGAGAAGGCCUUUGGCUUUUCCAGCUUCUUUCUGCCCAGCUGGGCCAGCUUCUUGCCUAGGCUGAGGCUGAGGAAGAGACGGAGAGGGUACUUAUACCUUCUCUCUACUUUCUGCAGAGCCGGUUUGCACACCCCUUGCGUGUGGGGCUAGAUUGUGCCUUAGCUCCCUGAGUCCUGGCUCUUACCCCAUUUUCUGUUGGAUCACACUCCCUCACUUCUUGCACAGUUUGGUGUGAUGCUUGUCGGGCUCCCCAGUGCCCUUCCCCGAGGUCGUGGAGGAGACCAUGAAGCUA